UCUCCUUCAUUCUUUGCCCUCAUUCCCAAUUUUAGGUGUCCAACUCACAAGGGCGCGCACUCACAAGUGCGCGCCACCACUUCAACCCAUGAUGGUUCAACGCCAUGUCCUUUCCGAGCCCACACGCUCCUCCUCUCCGAUCUUCCUCCUCCUCCUCCUCUUCCACAAUCUCGCCGUCUCACAUAGUCAAUCCGAUGCCCAACUCCUGCUCAAGUUCAAGGCAUCUCUCCGGAACACGGCCGCCUUGGCCGAUUGGACCCCCUCCCAGCCCCCCUGCAGCGGCUGGAAGGGCGUUCUGUGCGCCAGCGGCCACGUCUGGGGCCUGCAGCUCGAGAACAUGGGCUUGCAUGGGCUGAUCGACGUCGAAACCCUAGCCAAAUUGUCCGAUUUGAGAAGUCUCAGCUUCAAGAACAACGACUUUCAGGGCUCCUUGCCCAAUCUCACCCGCCACGGCGCCCUUAAGACCGUCUUUUUGUCUAACAACAAGUUUUCCGGUGAGAUUCCCGACACCGCUUUCUAUGGGAUGCAAUCCUUGAAGAAGCUUCACUUGGCUAACAACAAGUUCACCGGCGCCAUUCCGGCCACCUUGGCCACGCUGCCUAGGUUGAUAGAAUUGACGCUGCAAGACAAUGAAUUUGAAGGUCAAAUACCCAAUUUCCGGCAGCAAGGCUUGAAAAAUUUCAAUGUCUCCAAUAAUAGAUUGGCUGGCCAAAUCCCUCAAAGCCUCAGCCAUUUAGAUGCUUCCUCGUUCUAUGGCAACGAAGCCCUAUGCGGAGCCCCGCUUGAUCAGGCAUGCCCCUCCAACGCCGACGAUAAAGGCGGCAGCCACCACCGGCGGUUCCCGGAGACAACGAUCGCGGUAGUGGCGAUCCUGCUGGGGGCAGCACUGAUAGCCCUUUUAGGAGUGUGCAUCUUCUUCGUCUGCCGCAAGAAAAGGUCCCAGCAAGGCGGGGCCUCUGCCUCGGCCGCCGCCACCCCGGCCGCAACGGCAGAUUUGAACGAAAUGGAAAGAGGUGCGGGUGCGGCAGCAGCAGGCGGGUCGGAGAGCGGGAAGCCAAGCGUGAGGCUGCUGACAUUCCUGAAGGAAGAUUCAGAGAAAUUCGACAUGCAGGAGCUGCUGAAGGCGUCGGCGGAGGUCCUGGGCAGCAGCGUGUUCGGGUCGACAUACAAGGCGGGGCUGAACGGGAAGAAGAUGACUGUGAAGAGAUUCAAGCACAUGAACCAAGUGAGCAAAGAAGACUUCAACGAGCACAUGAGAAGGCUGGGGCGCAUGAGCCAUCAGAAUGUGCAGCCCAUUGUGGCAUUCUACUACAAGAAGGAGGAGAAGCUCCUCGUAGCCGAGUUCGCCCACAAUGUCAGCCUCGCCGCCAGACUUCACGCCAAUGACCAUCCAUCCCUCGACUGGGCAACGCGCCUCAAAAUCGUCAAAGGAGUGGCCAAAGGGCUUCUCUACCUCCACAACGAGCUGCCCAGCCUCACUCCGGCGCACGGCCACCUCAAGGCGUCCAACGUGCUCCUCGACGCCGCCUUCAGCCCUCUCCUCACCGACUACGGGUUAAUACCCAUCGUCAACAAAGAGCAAGCCCAAGAGAACAUGGUCGCCUACAAGUCCCCCGAGUACAAGGAAACCGGCAAGCUCACCAAGAAAACCGACGUCUGGAGCUUCGGAUACUUGAUACUCGAAAUCCUCACGGGGAAGUCCGGCGUAGAGCAGCAGGCCGAGGUGGACCUCGCCGCCUGGGUGGAGACGGCCGUCGCGGACGACACGCCCGUGUUUGAUCCGGAGAUGGGCGGGAGUAAUCACGGGCAGGGCGAGAUGAUGAAGCUCUUGAAAAUAGGGUUGAGCUGCUGCCAGGCCGACGCCGAUAGUCGGCCGGAGAUAAGGGAGGUGGUGGAGAAGGUGGAGGAGAUCAAGGAGAAGGAAUUCGAUGAGGAUUUCUACUCGUCGUACGCCAGCGAAAGUGACAUGCGAUCAUCCAGAGGAUUAUCUGAUGAUUUCAAGUCCAUCAAUAUAUAGAUAGAAAAUUUAAUUUAAUUGAUAGAUCAUGUCUAUUUCUCUCAUUUGGUUUGCUCUCUUGUAAUAUUUAUCUGUGGUUAAAUUUUUGAUUCUAUAUUCUCAGA